AUGGUUACAAUUUAUCUAUUUCCACUGAUCGUCACCGUUAUCGCUCAUCACAUCAGCAUUUCCUUUGCAAACGAACCAACCGCAUCUGCAUUUCCCAACUGUGAGAGACUUAGCGGUGGCGUGGGAUUCUCCGUACCGCGCAUUCUUUGUAGCGAUCAACCAGAUACUACAUCGGAUUAUGAUACCGAUAGUUCGGUGUGCUGUAUACCACCGAGAUCCGAUCGCUUAAUCUCGCACCCGAACGCAUUCAAACUGUCUCAGUCGAUGUGUGGGUUGAUUGCGGUAGAGGAUAAAAUUGAAAACGGUACGAUCGCACAGCGCGGGGAAUUCCCAUGGAUGGCGAAGUUGAUUUACAGCAUCAUUCACGUGUGUAGUGGUACGCUGAUUCAUCCACGGUACGUACUGACUGCCCGGCACUGUAUGAAACCACAACUCUUAAAAGUUCACCUUGGCGUUCACGAUCUUCAGGAAGAGUCCCCGGAAGUACAGGAGAUAAAUAUCUUCCAAACAUUUAAGCACAACUCAUAUGACGUAGGAUUAUUGCGAUUGGCUAAAUCGGCCACAGUGGAUGGUGAUUUCGUGCGGACGAUCUGUUUGCCGAUUUUCUCGCGUCUCCGCAUGUAUUUUCCCCCCAAGGUUAUCAUUAGUGGGUGGGGAAACACGGAAAAAAAUAGAGCGUCGCACGUACUGCUGAAAGCGGACACAGCAGUGCUGAAAGAUGACCCAGAAUGCGACAUGGCCUAUAUCGUCUGUGUCGGUGGAGUGAAUCACCGCAAUCACUGUCCUGGAGAUUCCGGCGGACCGUACCAGGCAUUCAGUAAAUACGGAAGACAUCCCGGAGAACGCGUUGUGCAAUACGGCAUCAUAAGGGAUGGAACGACCUACUGUUCCCGUCCAGACUAUCCAAGCAGAGGUAUACUGGUGGGUUAUGUCUUGGACUGGAUUCUUGACCAAAUGGAAAUAUAAACUGGAACUGGAAAUAUAUAUAAAGUGUGGUGUGUGCGUGUGUGAUGAACAUCGGUUUCAAAAUGGCAAUGGAAAAAUUAAAACACUUACAGUUAUACGGUUUGUUCAGUUAUAGUCUGAAAUUCAAUUAUACUUACUCCGUCAAUUUUCUGUCUCCGUCAGUUUCAAAACUGUUUUAACGAGUUUUAUUUUGAACCCGUUGUCGAACUCGAAAUAUAAUAUGUUCAGAAGCUACUCAGAACAAUGCCUCCAGAUAUCCAGCCGACAAUGAAUUCCAUCCACCGAAUAACGUAUGGAGUACCUGGUGAUAUGCCCAGGCCACCAAUCCGUUUCCAGGAAACUUGGCCCAAAGUUGCUCUACUACCCCCCUGGUUGCACUCAAUCUCCAACAGAUCGAACUCCACGUGAUGGCUGUCGGACACUUUCUUGGUAGGGCAUACGCCUACCAUCCUUAUCAAGUGUGCCAACCAUCGUAUUGUAUGUGUGCUCCACGAAACAGCAAUGGUGCAUGGUGCAUGGUGAUAUCGUUGACAUCCUCGGCCAGUAUCGUCCAACAUUCAUGGCAUUAGUGACCAGCGUAACAUAUCCGAGUAUGGUAGAAUUAUUCAAUUUCUUGUACUGGUAUAAAUACUGCAUAUGAGCUUAAAUAAAGAUCAAUCUUGUGGAUGCUGUGCGGGCUCUCGGA